AUGCUGACUCAGCACGCGGUGCAGGCGCUGCACCGGAUGCUGGGGCGUAUCGUGGUGACCUGCGGCCACGCCGGCUGCGAGUGGAAGGGAGAGUAUUCAGACCUGAGUCACCACGAGUCAUCCUGCGCCGCCGGCCGCCCCUGGCCGUGCCCCGGCUGCGGCGCGGCGCUGCCGGCCCCCGAGCGCGGCGCGCACGCGGUUGAGUGCCUGCCGCCGCGCCUGCGGGCGCUUGAGCGGGAGCGGGCGUCGUGGGGGGCAGAGCGAGCUGCAUGGGCGGCGGAGCGGGCGGGGUGGGAGGCUAGGGAGAGGGUCUGGCGUGAGGAGGCCGAACGGGUCAAGGCGGGGUUCGAGGCGGAGCUUGGGAAGCUGCUGGAGGAGCUAGAUCAGGUCCGUCUGGAGCUGCAGCAGCUGCGGCCCGCCGUGGCGUCCGCGCCGCCCCGCGACGCCGCUGCGCGGCGCCGGGAUGCAGAAGACGAGGAGGCGCUGCGCAAGCUGCUGCGCGCGCCGCCGGACAGCGCCGCCGCCGCGGCGGCGUCGCCGCGGCCGGCGGCGCUGUUCACCGGCGGGCGACGCGCGGCGGGCGGGUGGCCGGUCUGGUGGUACGUAGACCCCGGGGAUGUGAUUCGGGGCCCCUUCAAGGCCCUCGACAUGCUGGAGUGGCAGGCGGCGGGGUUCUUCCCUCCAGACCUCCUGAUCUGCCUGGCGGCAGAAGUGGCUGACAGUGGCGGCGGCGGUGUCACGGGCGGCGCGGCGCCGCCGGCGCCGCCGCCGGGGGGGCGGGCGCGGUUCAGGCCAAUGGAUCAGCUGCUGUCAGAGGUCGAGGCGGGGCCGCACUUGGAAUGGCUGCAGGGACUCGCCGGCGGCGAGGGCACCACGCCAGCGCCGGCACCGGCGCCAGCAGCGGCGCCAGCGGCGGCACUGGCAGCGGCACCGGCGGCGCCGGCGCCGGCGCCGGGCGCCACGGCUGCCGCGCCGGAGCUCCCUGCGCACGCACGUGCGUGGUUCUCGAGCCCGCCCCGCGGGGCGCAGGCCGCCGCGCCCAACGAGCUCGGGGCGGCGGCGACGGCGCUGGCGUCGCAGGCGCUCGAGCAGCUGCUUGCCGGCGGCGGCGGCGGGGCCGACGGCGCGGCGGGCGGUCCAGGUGCAGCGCGGAGCGAGGGGGUGCAGUUUGAGCCGGCGGCGGCCGGUUUUCAAACUGGAUCUGACGAUCUGGGGGACGACGACAGCUCGAUCCUUGAUCUGAUCUGGGGCGUCGGGGAUGCGAACGAAGGCGCGGCGACGGCCGAGGCAGAGCUGCGGGGAGCAGCCUGGCCGGAAGCAGGGGCGGGGGCGGCGGGCGCAGCAGCAGGCGGCAAUGCUCCUGACCAGGGGGAACCGGAGCGAGCGACUGAUGGUGCGGCUGGGGCACAGGGCCCGGGCAGCUGGGCCGCUGUGGCUCUCUGGGGGGACGCGGGGGCGGCGGCUACGGAGGGCGACAACCCUUGGGAGGAGGCACGCCCUCCAAUCCCGAGCGCGGUCGGCGGCAACGGCGGCAGCGGCGGCAUCGACGGCGCGUCGCUCGCACCAAGCGGCGACCUGGGAGGCGGCGCCGGAGCCGGGGGUGGCCCCGCCCCCUCCUGGCCCGGCGCCGCGGCGGCCGCGGCGCGCGCCAAGGCGCCGCCGGCGGCGGCAGCAGCGGCGGCGGCUGCACCGAGGUUUCAAGUCAUCGGGCGUGUGGCGCGGGCCCCGUCCCGCAGCAAGAGCAGCCCAGAACGGCGGGAGGCAUCCGGCGUGAGCGCGGCGGCGCUGGCUGCGGCUGAGGUGGGUGAGGGCCCCACCCCUGCGGCACAGGAGCCGCCGCAGCGCGCGCGCCCACCGCCCCUGUACAAAAGCGAGCGGCCGUCGGAGACGAGCGCGGCGCCGCGCUCGCCCGCGGCCGACGAGCCGCAGCCGCAGCCACACCACCAACACCACAACCCCCAGCAGCAGCAGCAGCAGCAGCAGCAGCAGCAGGAGACGCUCGAGGGCAGCAGCGACGACGCGGCCGCGUUCGCGCUCUUCACCGCGCGCCUCCCCUACACCAAGUGGCCGUCCUGGUUCAUAUUCGACGAGGAUGGCGCGAUGCGGGGGCCCAUCAAGGCUUCGGACCUUCUUGACUGGUUCAGGGGUGGCCAGCUGGACCUGGGCACGCGCGUCUGCGGCGUCGACUGCCGCGACGCAACCCCGGGCGCCGGCAAGCUCAAGCCGCGGUGGCGGUGCUUCCGGCCGCUGGGGGCGCUCCUGCGGGAGGCGCGCGCCGGGGGAACGUACGCGCCCGUGCGGGUGGCGCCGCAGGAGCAGGCGGGCGCCGCGGCGGAGGGGCCGCCGCGGCGGGACGCGCCCGGCGUGCCGCGAGAGCAGCAGGGCAGCGACGAGCGGAGGGGCGGCGCCGGCGGCGGGGGCGGCGCCGGCGCGUUGGGCGGUGCCCCGUGGGGAAUGCAGCCGACGGGGGCCGACGCGGAGCCCCAGCUGCCGGCCGCACCCGUGUGGCCCAUCAAGCGCCCUUCUGUCGCACCAGGCGCGGCCGGCGCCGCACAGCCCAAGGAGGGGUUGCAGGUGCUCGGCCGCGUGCGGCGGCCACAGCAGCAGCAGCAGCAGCAGCAGCAACAGCAACAGCAGCAGCAGCAGCAGCAGCAGCAGCAGCAGCAGCAACAGCCCAGCAGCGGCGACGGCAGCGGCGGCGGAGCAGAAAUCUCGGGCGCCUCGGCACAGCUGCCAGAGGCUCUGCCUGCUGCAGCGCCAAUCGCCCUGGCAGCCUUCGCUGGGGCUAAGGCGGUGGCAGCAUCAGCGCCGGCCUGCAUGGCUGGCAUUCAGCAGCCAACAGGGCAGCAGCAGCAGCAGCAGCCACAACAACAGCAGCAGCAACAACAGCAGCAGCAGCAGCAGCAACAACAACAGCAGCAGCAACAGCAGCAGCAGCAGCAGCCACAGCAGCAGCAGCAGCAGCGGCAGCACCAGCAGCAACCAAAUUGGCAGCAGCAGCAGCCGCAGCAGCAGCAGGAGCAGCAGCAUCAGGAGCAGCAGCAGCAGCGGCAAAGGACGAGGCGCGGUACCCGAGGUACCGCACGCGGCCCGGCCGCCAACCCGGCAGCCACAGCAGCGGCCCCAGACGCAGAAGCGGCGCCGGAUGUUCCCAGCAUGGAUGACGUCAUCAAGAUCCUGAUCUCAGAAGAUCUGGCCGCCCUCAGCCCAGAAAAUGCAGAGGCGCUGCGGCUGCGGUUUGCGGCGGAUCGGGAGCCUAUGCCGCCCCUUGAGAGGCUCGCUGCAACGACAGCGGCUGUCGGCCGGCCAGUGGGGUGGAUCGGCGAGAGGAUCUCCGCGCGGCGGCGCCUGAUCGCGCUGCGGGCGACGGAGGACGAGCGCCGGCGCCUGCGGCGCCAGUCGAAGCCGGCGCCAGCGGCGCAUGAGCAGCUGGGGGUGGGCGCGGCCGGCCGGGGCCCGCAGCAUGACCGGCGGCAGGGGCAGGCGCAGCAGGAGGCGGAGGAGGGGCGGGCUGCGGCGGCAGGCGAGGCUGUGAUUCGCACCAGCAGCGGCGGCGCGAGCAGCAGUGGCGGCAGGGACGACCCUCCAACCAGCCGCCGCAGGCCUGCGGAGGCGGAGCGCCUGCAGGAGGCGCCGGUGAGCCGCGAAGAGCAGCAGCAGCAGCAGCAGCAGCAGCAGCAGCAGCAGCAGCAGCAGCAGCAGCAGCAGCAGCAACAACAGCCAGCACAUGAGCAGGGUCGCACCGAGACGCCUGGCCAGCAGCAGCAUGGCCGCCUUCGGCAGCAGCAGCAGCAGAAGCAGCAGCAGCAGCAGCAGCAGCAGCAGCAGCAGCAGGGAGGCGGCAGCCGCAAACAGCAAGCGGGGCAGGGGCAAGAGGACCCGCUGCCUGCAAUAAUGCCGGGCCCCGUCACGCACCACAACGAAACCUAUAUCAACCCCUCCGGUGACAUCAGGCCCGCCGAGUGGCGCACGCCGCCCCCCAUCCUCCCGCGCACGCACCUCCUGUGCGGCUCCUGCGGCUUCCGCGGUCACGCGGCGAGCGCGUUCCGCGCCUGCCCGCUGCCGCGCUGCGGGGGCUGCGGGCGGGCGGGGCACGUCGAAGGGGAGUGCGGGCACGCGUGCGCGCGGUGCGGGCUGGGGGCUGGCAAGAAGGGCGAGUCCCACUCAGCGGAGGAGUGCCCCUUCCCCGAGUGCGGCUACUGCGGAGAAAUAGGGCACUUCAGCGACGAGUGCGGGCGCGCGCCGCGCGGCGCGCACAGGGCCGUCGCCCCAAAUGUCACUAGCGGUGCGCCAGAGCCCUGA